GUGGCUCACCUGUCAGAUUUGACAGGUGAGUCACGCCCUCUUCAUACAGAAAUGGUGAGUGUAAUUAAAUUCCAACAGUUCCAGUAAGCUUUUUCUGAUGUUUUAUUGUGCCAAACUUAACUUUUGUAAUAUGAUACAAAAAACAAAAAAUGGGUUAAUGGUACAUGUCACAUUUUUCUACAUGUGUUUUGGAUAUUUUGUCAAAUUUUCUCUCCAGUGAAACAUACACUUGUGAUUUAUCCUAUUUCAUAGCCCUUCAAAUGGUGAGUUAAUAAAUUUUCUUUUUUUAUUAUAUGGUCGACAACUAAUUUGUACACUUGUAUAUCACUUAAUAGGUUUUUAUUAAAACAUCACCUGCGCAGUUAAUAAAAGUUUUAUUUGGGCAACAGUUAGCUAAUAGAGCAAAUAACUUUGAGAUUUGAUGUACAAUGUAAAGUGCGUAAUAAAUCAAAUGUUGUAGUAAUUAGCAUUAUUUGUAAUAGGAAAAAAGUGCCCACUGCUUAAUUAUACUUAAUUAUUUCUUUGUAUGACUAGUUAAAAGAGGCCAAAUUUCUCCUAUUUUAGUUCAGUUCCCUGUGGGCCCAGUCACAGUGAACCACAGCCCAGGCUUGAGGUCCCUCUCGUGCGCCCCCUCACUUCAGCCGCGUGCCUGUUGCAUCUCUGUCUCCCGGGAGACCAGCAUGGAGAGCGGCAGCACGCAGACUCUUCUCCCCGGCACUGGAAUCAUGGAAGCCCCCCCACCACCCCCUUACUCCCUUCUCUCAUCCCCUCCUAUAGAGGAGGCGCCACCCGUAGGCAUGACCAAUGGAACAUAGAGUCUCCAUUGUGUCCGCGACACUUUAAUAAUGGCCGCCUACAAUAUCCAACCUGUCGGUAGCCUCAGGAGCCCAGCCCGUCCCUAUUAGGUGGGGGGGGUUGUAGAUGGCGAGAGGGGUGAACGCUCGGCGCCAGACCGACGUCUCUUGUGAUGGAUGCAUGAAUAAAAAAUGUAUGGAUGGAAGCCUAGUUGCAGGAUAUUCCCAUAAUAUGUUUGCGACACCUAUCUGCGGUGCACUCCCUUCCUCUUGAGACACAUUCAUCAGCUACUGUAGAUUUUCUAAACUUUUAUUUAACAUCAUACAUCUUACAUUUAGGAAAAGCACCACUGCAAAAAAAUACCACAAAGAGAAUAACAAUUUAUUUCGUUUGGAGACUCUGUUCACAAACCCAAAUGUUCUGGAAUCAAAGACAGGUUUCCAGUUGAAAUGUAUGGAAGCAGAUUCAAUCCGUUCUAGCCCCAAAAUGAAGUUUUGUCCGUGUAUAGUUAAUGAUAAAUACAUUACAAUAAACAAGUGAAAACAUUGUGAAGAAAUAGCUUGCUAUGUUCAGAAGAAAAAUAACCCAACAAGAGCUCUGCUUAGUUAAUUCAUGCACAUCAACAAUGAGAUUCCAAACUAUUUACACUGUAUUAUAUAAAUUCGCCCAUUGGCUUUUGCUCAUGGAACAGCUCAUCCAUUUAUGUAUUGUUGUGCUGUUUCUGUGAUGACUAAGAUGCCACAAGAUAGCGCCAAAUCCCUGUCUAGCACAGAAAGUAGUAAUUGGGAGUCUUCUCCAUCUAUUUUUAAGGUUAACGUUGUAAAAUGAGUGAAAGUGAUUUGAGAUCAUAGUUUGUGCUGUAUUUAUAUAUUGGGAAUCAAACAUGUUUAAGGGAUCUUAAUUACUUUAUUGUUAUUGGCACAGAUGGAUACAUUGUUUUAGAAAACAACUGAUGAGCUUUCACAGCUCACUGAAUGUGUCGAGGCACAAUGGUUGGGAAUGAGAGAGCUACUGUAUUCAACAUCCUUAAUUGAGUGUGCUGCAAUUAGACUAAAUAAACCACAAUUAGUGCACGGUAUCAUUGGCCACGCUGCAAUUUAAAAUGUGCUGCUUUGAUCGCUUACACUUUUGACUUCUUCAGUGUGAUGAUCACAUUGAUUUGCAUUAUGGCAGGUUGACACACACACUCGCACAUACACGCGUGUGUCACUAUGGAACCCAGCUCAUGUUUCUGAAGCCUCCCGUGAAGACUCGUACACCCAACAGGGCGUUCCGAGGCUGGGAUCAAACGGGUUGCGAAGCGCGACAAAAGCCAAGUGAAAUUGGAGAUGAUAGAAGGCAGCAACGAGAAGGAGAGCGAUAGAGUGCGAAGCCGUGGAACCAUUUGUGUCCCCCUGCCCCAUCCCAUCCCACGCGUCUUUUUUAAUGGAAUAUUUUAAAUUAUAGUCAACCUCCAGGACUUUGUAAUGCCCAUUCAUAGUUCUUAUCACUUUAAGGUUAACUGUAUUCAUUCAUGUCAAUGUACAUUAUAUCAUAAUUGUAUAGAUAACAGCACCCUCCAUUGGUUCUGAGGGCACAGCCCCGUUAUUUCACUUACCUCUUUAGUUAGUUAGUUAGUUAGUUAGUUAGUUAGUUAGUUAGUUAGUUAGUUCGUUAGUUAGUUAGUUAGUUAGUUAGUUAGUUAGUUAGUUAGUUAGUUAGUUAGUUAGUUAGUUAGUUAGUUAGUUAGUUAGUUAGUUAGUUAGUUAGUUAGUUAGUGCUUUUGUUCAGACUCCCGUAUAUUUUGGAUGUAAUUCCACUAUCGACUGUUAGAUGGCAGCACUAUUUCAUUUGAACGUGUGUAUUAAACUGAUGAUGAAUAGUAAAAAGAAGGAAUACACUAUUUCAAAUCACCUUUGUUUUUGCUGAAGAUCAUUGAUCAAUCCUCUUUACGCCGACAAAAAGCGACAUCCAAACUUGGGCCGUAUUAUACUUGCAUGAAAGGCUUUAGGCUCAUGAAUAUAAAAAAAUGCAAAACGGUUAAGUACGGUGGGAAAUGAGCUUGCCUCCUUUGUCUGAACCUACUGUACCAUUGUUAAACCAGGCCCGUGACACACAUGGUGCACACUUCUCACCUAAAACCGUGCACGUGUGUACUCUGCAGGGGGUUUUGCAGACUCCCCCUACUCCCUUUUGGGCAAAAGUACCACUUCUAUAAUGUUAUAUAAACAGCCCAACUUGGACGGGGGGACAUGAAAGUGUGUUUUGAGGCAUUAUUUUCUCCCCCUCCACAUGAUUUGGGGCGUCUUCUCAUUGGUCGACUACACGCGACCUGCGCGAGGAGGGGGGCUGCGAGACGCGUGCCGCCUUUUAAACGGACGCCGCGUCUCCAGACACCCAAGACACGCGACCUGCGCUCCUCCUCACGCAGCGCGGAAGCCAAACAGUUCCCGGUAUCGUGUUUAGACCACCACCACCUGUAGGAGUGAUUUGCGCGGCGUGGGGGAGAAACAUGGAUGUCUUAAGCGUGGCAGACUGGUGUCAAGGCGCCAAAGAAGCAAGCUAUGAAAAUGACCCACGCGACUGGCUCGGUCCUGCGCAGCCCUCCGGCACCUGCGACACACGCGACUCUUCGGCGGACUACCUGGGACAUUCACCCUGCUCCAGCACCGGCUCUUAUCACGAAAGUGGCUCACCGUCCUCGGCGGGUCCCCCCAGCCCUCCCAGCUACCGAAAAUCAGCCAAGGGCUCGCUCAAAGUCCGGGACCUGUGUCGCUUGAAGGGCUUGGUGGUCGCCGGACCUGAGCAGGACGCAUCCGCCCGGCAGAGGGCCCCGUCCAGCAAGCCAGCCAACGGCGUGCAGCGGCAGAGACGCGUCGCCGCCAACGCACGGGAGCGGCGGCGCAUGCACGGCCUGAACCACGCUUUCGACGCUCUCCGCAAUGUCAUCCCGGCUCUGGAUAACGACAAGAAGUUGUCCAAGUACGAGACGCUGCAAAUGGCACAGAUAUACAUCAACGCCCUAGCGGAGCUCCUGCAAGACCCGGCGUCAUCUUCGUCCGCCUCCAGUCCGCCAAAGAGCGACCUGGCCCCAUCGCCUUCCGCAGGAUUUGACGGCGGGGCUCCGCAGUCGCUGUCACAGCCGAGGGGCAACUCCUCCGAGGGCCAGCUGGCAGCGCACAUCGAUGCCAUGUCACUGCGCACCGACUUCGACGACGUCUCCUUCCCCGCCUUGCAGGUGGAAGAAGUAGCGGGCUCUCCUUCGGUGGGGGGGCCGGGUGGACGCGUGGACUCGCCCCGCAGCGACGGCGAAUUUUCUCCGCACUCUCACUUCAGUGACUCCGAUGAGAUGGCUUUGGAGGAGGACGAGCUUCACACCGUCUCUUUCUAACAUAUUCUCGCAAAAAUAUCUAUCUAUCAAUACCACUUAAGUCCGACAGUAUCAACCAAAUUGUUCUCAGUUUUUAGACGAUUAUUUCUCUGUGACAUAUUAAUUUGGUUCAUGCCAAUUUGAAGUUGCCAGGUGUCACCGCCAUUCUGUCCCCGCUUCACUUCAACCAAAAAUAAGCAGUCCAGUCUCUGACGAAAUAGAGUUUUUACUAUCAUGUUUGUAUAUUGUAUUUUACUGUUUUGUUUGCAACUUCAAAAGUUCACCAUGUGCACUUUAAAAUAGUAAUUAUGUGUAGCCUAAAUGAGCCAGGGGCUUGACAAAUUAUUUUUAUUCCACACCACAAAAAAUGAGUCAUAAUUUUGCUUGCUUGUAGCAUAGUGCUGCCAAUUCUAGAGCCUAUUAAAUGUAGCCAUCAUUGCUGCCUUCUUUUUUUGUACUUUGCUCUUUUAUAUGUGUGUCUUUUGCUUUCACUGGAUGAGAUUAAUUGACAUGUGUAUUUAUUGUUUUGUUUUGAUUAUAGGUUUUUUUUUUUUAAUACAUAGUUAACUUUUCUGGAAAAGUUAUACUUUUGCCAUUCGUUGUUUGUUCAUUUGAUUUUCGAAAUAAAAAGCAAACAAAAAAAAGUUCUUGUUUUCAACGCUUUGUAGAAAUGAUGCUGGCCACGUACAAACCGAUUUAAUUAUUACUUAUAGAAUAAAUAAGGUUGAAGUCCAUUUGUUACCAGAUGAAAUAUACAAAAGACUUCAUUCAAACUCAAUAAAAAUUACUAAGUGGUGCUCUUUGGCUUUACAUCUUGUGCAUAGAUAUUU